AUGGUGCCUCCGAAGCUUGAAAGGUCUGCAGGUAGGCCAAGAGUGAAGAGGAUCAAAAGUAAGGGUGAGCCAGGGAAAAGGGGUCCUUACCAAUGCAAAAGAUUCUUCCAGCUUGGGCAUAUUGAGAAGGGUUGUAGUGAGUCGCCUACUGAACUCGCUGUUGAAUUGCCACCGGCAGCUCCUACGAAUUCAAGGAAAAGGAAAGAAAAGGGCAGUACAUCUAGCUACAAAAAAGCUCCAAAAAAAUCCAAGAAAGUAUCUGCACCUUCUACUUCUUUAGUCACACAACCACCUGUUAGUCCAGGGCCAACAACAAGAAGGAUGGCAGCUUCCACUAGUCCUCUUAGUCCAGGACCUACAACAAGGAGCAGGGCAGUAGCAGACAUAUCCCCAGGAGAAAUUACAAGAAGGCUUAUCGUAGGCUAA